CUCAAAUUCAAAAUUCCCUUCUCUCUCUCUCUCUCUCAAACACCAACGGUCGAAUUCCACCUUUCUCUCAAACACCAACGGUCGAAUACCACCGUUCUUUCUCUCUUACGAACACGAACACCACCACCACCACCACCACCACUCUCUCUCAACACCACCACCACCACCACCACCGCCACUCUCUCUCACAAACACCACCACCAUUCUCUCUGUCUCUGUCUCCACCACCAUGGGUAUUAAGGGCCCAAUGCCUCCUAACACCUUAAGGGUGUCGAACAUCGGUGAGGAUGUCUCCGAAGAAGACCUACACCGACUGUUCUCAAAUUUUGGGCGGUUGGAAUGCAUCGAAUUCGAAACGUCUACUUGCGCCUUGGUGAAAUUCAUUAACUUUUACCACGCAAGGGAGGCAUUAGAAAAUCUGCAGGACACCAAAAUGGAGGGAAGGGAAUUGACUAUUGUAUGGAAUGAAUUUCAAUCGCCGUCCAUUAGUUCUAAAGUUUGGGUUAGAAUUGAUGGACCUUUCCUUGAUGACCAGGAAUUGAAUGACCUGUUUUCUGUCUAUGGAUUUGUCCGCCAAUGCAAGUUUUCUGGACGUAGUGGCAAGAGGAGAGGUGCUGUAUCAUUUGAGCUAGCUAGUGCGGCUGAUUCUGCUGUGCAUGAUCUAAAUGGUACAACAAUAUAUGGCAGAAAAUUCUAUGUCGCUAAAUUUGUGAGAAAUAUGGGGGAUGUUGUGGCGGCCUUAGAUCAUACAGCAGCUCAAGAGCCAAUUAAAUUGCCGUCCAUCUACAAGUUUGAAGGCAUGGAACUUGAAUUCGUUGCUAGCAUUGAAAUGGACUCUAUCAGGACUGUAGCUGAUUUCCUUCUAGUGCUGCAUGACUUGUGGGGCUCACCAUUAGCAGUGGGGUUAAGCCUAAAUUGUCCUUGGCCCGGUUAUCAUGCGAGGUACUAUCAUGCAAAUAGCAGGACUUACGAGCCAGUCCUUGUGGAAGAGGUGGACAUGUUUAAUGAAGAUGAUCCAUUUACACUUUGGUUCUUGUCCAGUGUGAAACUUGUUGUUAUUCAUAAGGUGGACUAGAUAUUGAUUGAGAGAACUAGCAAAGAAAUUUUUGCUGCCUAUAGGAUUUUUUGAUUGAGAGACAUACUAUAUUUUUGAUUGAGGAACUGUUAUACUACAUUUUUGUUUACUAAUUUGAAUGUGUUGCUUAAUGAAAAGGAAAUGGGAGAUUCAAACUGGUGACCUUAGCUUAAUGAACCAUGUUCCCCAACCAAUUGUGCUA